AUGGAUGAAUUAUUAAGUGCUGUAAUGUAAAGAAAAACAAAGAUAAAUGAAGUCUUAGAAACAAUUUAAAAACUAAAAGUUAAAAGUAUUUAUUUGAAUAAAAUAUAAUAGAUGUGAUAAGUCAAUCUGAAAGAUCAACAAUAUAUGCAAUCAUAAGAAAACUAAAAGAAGAAGAAAAAAAUAGAACAGAAAAAGAGAAUUGGAUAGUAAGUAUAAUGAGAAAUACUAAAUAGUAUAAUGAAGAGCAGAUGAAGUAUUAAUGUAUAUCUAUAGAUAGUCAUAUAUUUGUUAAAACAAAUGAUAUCAUGAAAUUAAUUAAUGAAUCUUUUAUUGAACUUCCCUAUUAACCACCUAAUAGUCUCAUUCAAUUUUUAGAAUAAUACUACAAUUUACAUCAAGGGUUCUUUUAACAAAUGAAUUAAGAGUACUAAUUAAAAAUAUAAUACAAAUAAGCUAUCAAAUAAGGAAAUGUAAAUGAAUAUUAAUAUCUAAAAAUAGAUCAAUUUAAUAACUGAUUUAAUUAAAGCAUUGUUAGCAUCAUCAAGAAAAAUUCUGAAAGAUAAUAUAGAUGAUUUGGCAUAUUAAGUAAAUAAGGAUUUAUCACCAGAAAAGCAAAAGAUUAUGAAAAAAUUAAUACCAGAUCCAUUAGUUGAGCAUUUAAGAACAAGAUCAUCAACUUAAAAUGGAAAAAAAGAUGGAACAGUUAUUAGUAUGACAAAUAGUGUAAUACAAAAUGAAGAGCCUAUUAGAUAUAAUGAUAAGAAAGAAUAUUAAUAAAUCAAAGAAAAAUUAAAAUAACAAUAAAGAAGAUUUAUUUUAUAACCAAAAAUUCCAAAUUAAGAAAUUAUGUUAUUAGAAUCACCAGUCUAUUAAUUAAAAUUAAAAUACUAAUAAUACAAUAAUAUUAAUAUUGAAAAGAAUUAAUUUGCUUCUUUAUUUAAUAAUGUUAAUCUUGAUGAUUUAGAUGAUUAAAAUAUAUGUGUUCUAGAUUAUCAAACUAUUAAAAGAUAAUAAUAAAAUUUUGAAGAAUUUAAACUUAAUUUUGAUAGUCUUUAUGAUAAAAUUAAGAUGAGAAAUUCAUAUAUACAAUAAUCAGUAAUGGAUUAUAAUUAAUAUAUAUCAAAAAAGUAUUAAUUUAUAUAACAUUUAUAGAUGUAUUAAUUCAACUAUGAUGUUAAGUAGUUAAUGUAAUAAUAAUUUAGAAAAUGAGUUUUUUAAUGUAAUCAAAGAUAAAUAUGAAGAAUUAACAAGUUUAAAUGCAGAAUUCUAAUAAAAUAUGUGUCAUUAUCAUUUUUGUAGAAUAUAUCUAAAACCUCACAUAAAUCCUAUAUGUCCUUGUUAUAAUACUAACACUAGUAAAUAUGAAUUAAAUUCAAAUCCUAUUAAGAAUAAAAUUGUAAUUAGAAAAUCUGUAUAAAGUAUUAAAAAAUCUACACCUAUUUAAUAAAAUUAAAAUACAUUUACUUCCAAGAAUCUUAUUGAUUAAUUAAAAAAAGAAAGAACUUUCAAUUAAUCAAUUAUAUUAGAAGAUUCAAGUUAUCAAGAUAUAUAUAAAUACAAUAAUAGUAGUGGAAUAAGUCCAUUAAAUAAUUCUAUACUAUAAAUACGGAAAUUAGAUUAAUCAUAAAAUUUAAAUGGAAGUACUUAAUAUAAAUUAUAUUCUCAUAAAUUGUCAAGUGAUAUAACUUCAUUUAAAUAAACUUCGUUACAUCAUAGAGCUUAAUCAGCUAAUGGAGAUUAAUUAAUUAUUCCUCCUCUCAACUUAAGGAAUUGUGCUGAGUGA